AUGGCGUCUUCCGAGUCUCCCGAGUACCAGACGAAGAUGCAGAAGUUGGGUGCCGGCCUCAAGAAGGUCCUGGGCCUCAAGGACGAAUACCCUGCUCCCACUGACCCCGUGACCCGUGGAGAGUCGACCUUCUCUGUGCAGUCGGCAGAGAUGUACUUCGACCAGGACCCGACGACGAUGGAGUACUUCCGCGAGCUCACCCCCAGCGGCGAGGAUGUGGUCAGGUACCUGACCAGUCUGUUUCCGUUCCUUAACUGGAUCAGCAGAUAUAACCUCCAAUGGUUGGUCGGUGAUCUUGUUGCCGGCUUGACUGUCGGUGUCGUCGUCGUUCCUCAGGGUAUGGCCUAUGCUAAACUCGCUCAGCUUCCUGUACAGUUUGGCCUGUAUUCCUCCUUCAUGGGUCCCUUGCUCUACUGGCUCUUUGCUACUUCCAAGGAUAUCGCUAUUGGUCCUGUUGCCGUUGUCUCGACCCUGGUUGGCCAUAUCAUCGACAAGGCAAAGGUUGAACAUCCCGAUGUUCCCCCAGAGGUCGUUGCGUCCGCCAUUGGUAUUGUCGCUGGUGGUAUCAUUGCCUUUAUUGGUUUGAUCCGGUGCGGCUGGAUCGUUGACUUCAUUCCACUCACCGCCAUAUCCGCUUUCAUGACUGGGUCCGCUCUUAGCAUUGCUUCCGGCCAAGUACCAUCCCUGCUCGGGCUCAGUGGCUUCAACACCCGAGGUACUACCUAUGAAGUCAUUAUUGGUUCUCUCAAGCAUUUGCCAAGUGCUAAGAUCGACGCUGCUAUGGGACUCACUGCCCUUUUCCUCCUUUACUUUAUUCGCUCGGGGUGCGCCUACAUGGCCAAGCGUCAUCCUUCUAAGGCGAAGGUCUACUUCUUUGCUUCUACGCUGCGCGCAGUCUUCGUCAUCCUUCUCUACACCUUCGUCAGCUUCUUGGUUAACCGAAACCACCGAAUGAAGCCAAUUUUCAAGAUCUUGGGCGUUGUUCCACGAGGCUUCCAAAAUGCUGGUGUCCCUGUCCUUAACUCACGCGUUCUGAGCACAUUCUCUGGUGAAAUCCCAGCUUCCGUCAUUGUCUUGUUGCUUGAGCACAUUGCCAUCUCCAAGUCGUUCGGUCGUAUUAAUAACUACACCAUUAACCCCUCCCAAGAACUCGUCGCCAUUGGUGCCAGUAAUAUGCUUGGUCCAUUCCUCGGAGGAUACCCGGCUACUGGUUCUUUCUCCCGUACUGCUAUUGCCUCGAAGGCUGGAAUUAGAACCCCAUUUGGCGGUGUUUUCACUGCUAUGGUUGUUCUCCUAGCUAUUUAUGCCCUCCCAGCCGUUUUCUUCUAUAUCCCCAACUCUUCCCUCUCCGCCGUUAUCAUCCACGCUGUUGGCGAUCUAAUUACUCCUCCAAACGUUGUUUACCAGUUCUGGAAAGUCUCUCCGCUUGAGGUUAUUGUCUUCCUUCUUGGUGUCUUCGUUUCUGUCUUCUCCACCAUUGAGAAUGGUAUCUAUGCUACCGUUGCUUUCUCCUUGGCUAUUCUCCUGUUCCGCCUUGUUAAGGCGAAGGGUGAAUUCCUUGGACGUGUCAAGGUCAACUCCGUCCUCGGCGACCAUGUCCUGGAUAAUGACGGAAAGUAUGGCACUUUUGAUGACAACUCGGGCAUCCCUGGAGGAUCAAGCAGUCGCAACAUCUUCCUUCCUCUCAGCCACCGCGAUGGUUCUAACCCCGAUGUUCAGGUUGAACAUGCUUUGCCUGGUAUCUUCAUUUACAAGUUCUCUGAAGGAUUCAACUACCCUAAUUCCAACGGUUAUCUUGAUGACUUCGUCGCUCAUAUCUUGGCCAAGACUCGUCGCACUAACCAGAAUGCAUAUGAACGUAUGGGUGACAGACCAUGGAAUAACCCUGGACCCAAGCGCGGCGAGACCGAGGCUUCGACUGCCGAUCUGCCAACCCUCAAAGCUGUCAUAAUGGACUUCUCCUCCGUUAACAAUGUCGAUGUAACCUCUGUCCAGAACUUGGUUGAUGUCAGAGAGCAGCUCGACCGACAUGCCGCCCCAGAUGUUGUCCAGUGGCACUUUGCCCACGUCAACAACAGGUGGACUAAACGUGCUCUUGCUGCUGCUGGUUUCGGCUACCCCACCUCCCCUGCAGGAGCUGAGAUCGCAGCUCCACGCUGGAAACCAGUCUUCAGCGUUGCCAGCAUCGAUGGAUCCAACAGCUCCACCGGCUCACUUGAAUUGGACCCCAAGCACACCAGUAGGAUCCAUGACGAAGAGAUUGGAACCAUCACGCCAGCCUCGCAAGCACCCACCGAACAGGUGGAGAUAUGCAAGGAUGGUGUUUACCACAAGGAAAUUGAGAAAGUUAGCGGCUCUCGAGGUGCUGUUGUGAACAGCAUGAACCGCCCUAUGUUCCACGUCGACCUAACCAGCGCUCUACAAAGCGCUACCGCUAAUGCCCUGCAAUGA